GUUAGCAACUGUGAAGAGACAAGGUGUUGUUUACACAAUUCUGUUAAGUCAGCAACUACCAACCGACUCGACUAUUUUCGGAAGUAAUUGAAGGAUUACGAUAUUGCAAGAUUACCAAAUUGCUAGAUUGCUAGAUUACCAGAUUUAGAUAUUAUAAGAUUAUCAGACAACCACAUUACUAAACUGCCAGACUGCCGGACUAACAAUGCCACGCCUAAUAUCAGCUCGGUCUGACGUCACAGAUUCAGAAAUGGAGAAAGAAACUCUAAGAGAAUUCAAAGAACUCAAAGAACAAUAUUAUUUAAUGGAAAAUGAUCGAAAUGACUCUACUGAGAAAACUCAGAAAAUUCUUCGAAAGUACAGAUAUGAAAUUUCUAUAUUGGAAACGGAGAGGAAUGAACUAAACAAAGAACUAUCUCUUGCUGAAUGUGAAAGAAACCAACGAAUGGACUCGAAGAAUGCUGCGAUAUUGAAGAAUUUAUCUAAAACAAAAGAUAAUAUCGAUGUAGAUAUCCAGAAAGAUAGGGAGAUAAUCAACCACUUGGAUCAGCAGUUAACAGACUGGAUGAGGAAGCAAAAGGAAUGGAAUCAGAUUUAUGGUAGCUUUGGUAAGAACUUAAAAUAUAGCAUUGCCGUGGAGAAAACCAUCAGAGUAAUGGAGAAUCGUCUGGAUCAUACGUGUAAAAAAUUCAAUCAUUAUUUGACUGAAAACCGCCACCUGCGCCAAAAAAUCGAUUCUUUGAAAGCCGAAAAGGAGAAAUUUGAUGUGAUCCAUCAAAAACUUGAGAAAGAGUACCACCAUAUUCGUCAGAAUAUUAUUCAUCUUGUAGAGAAAUCAACACAAGCCUACAGUUACAGUCUUUCUACAUUUUGUCGCCAUGUUUGUAUUAUAGAGGUUUUGGAAGCUGAAAGGAAAAAGGAGAGCCAAGAAGACUCUGUGGAGAGAUACGAAGCCGCUGUAGCAAGAAUCAAAGCGAUGACCGGUGAAGACAAUUUGGAUCUGGACGUACCAAAGUUCAUUGAAGUGGAAGAUAAAAACUUCGCCCUCUUCAAUUAUGUUAAUGAGAUGAACAGUGAAAUUGAGCUGCUAAAUGACCAGACGAAAGAGAUCCAAAAAGAUAUUGAGAAUUUCCAGAAUGAAGGUGCCCAGCUUGACUUCGAGAGGAAGAAGAUUUUAAAUGAACUGGAAUCACUGAGGGUGGAAGUGUCCAAAGAUAUAUCAAUCAAAGAAGAAUCGGUCAAAGAAAUUUCAAAGAUAUUUGAUCAAAUUAAAACUGCCAUCAAAUCCGUCUUCACGGUUACCCAGUGUGACCCGGCUCCUAUUGACGAUCUUCUGGGCCUGUCAGCCGGCAUUACUCAAACAAAUAUGAUCCAGUACUUGGGAGUAAUAGAACAGCGAGUUAACGAACUGUUGAUUAUUCAAAUGUAUCUCUCUAGUAAGAAUCAGACAACCCAUGACCCUAAAUUUAAAGAAAGCGAAGAAUCAGAUCCAAGAAAUGCUUUAGGCAGUAUUUCAUUCCUUCCUCCUUCAAUCGGAGAGGAACACCUAGGCGUUGAUGAAAACAACGACGGAGAAGAUGAGUUGAGACCUCUGACACGAAGCGAUUUAGAACUCCAGGUCCUGAAAUCAGUGAAACGACGAGAAGAAAGCAACCAGAGCGAAGACCAGAAAUUUGAAAUGAUGGUGAAUCGAGAAAAAGGCUUAAAAUCGAAUCAAAAGAAAGAAUUUAAAAAAGAGAGAAUUUAAAACCAAGAUCAAAGAAUUCUAACCCCACCCCUCAACUAAAAAAACAUCUCCCCCACAAAACCAAAAACCCCAACAACUCAAAGAUGCUCCCCUUUCCAAUUUAAGUUUGAAAUUUGAAAAUCUAGAAAUUCAUUUCUACUACAGGGACCUGGAAUCUUGGGGAAGUGCUAUGCUGGUAUUUCUUUUAUUUGUACUGAAAGGAUAAAAAAUAAAAUUGACCUCGACGGAAUUUGAACUCAAAACGUUAAACUGGAAGAAAUAUUCCGAAGUAUUUUGUUCGGCGUGCUAACGACUCUGCCAGAUCGCCACCUUACAGAAGUUAUCCCUAAAUUAAAUAAUUUCCGUUGUUUUGGUUUCAUAUUAUUAUUAUUAUUAUUAUUAUUAUUAUUAUUAUUAUUAUUAUUAUUAUUAUUAUUAUUAUUAUUAUUAUUAUUAUUAUUAUUAUUAUUAUUAUUAUUAUUCACUUUGAAUUUCUAUAUUCUUUUUCAUUUUUUAUAAGAAUUUAUUUUCAAAUUUUCAGUUUGUAGUUUAAUUCAGUUUUGAUUUCGAUUCCAGUUUUGAUAUAAAAAAAAAAAUAAUAAUUUCAUAUUUAGUAUUGUUGCAGGCAUGGUUGUAUGGUUAAGAAGUUCGUUUUGCAAUCACUUGGUUGUGGGUUCAUCCCCCGCCCCGUACGGCUCCUUCAGCAAGUGUCUUCUGCUAUAACCCUGUGCCAACCAGUGCCUGCCUUGUGAGUGAAAUUUGGUAAACAGAAACUCUGUGGAAGUCCCUCGUAUAUAUUUUAACUAACCUAAAGUUUGCUUAUGACCAAAUACUGCUUGGUGCUGAUAUUACUGUAAAUUUGGGUUAGAUGAGUGCUGAAGAAGGGGAAACAACCCCCGAAAUAUGGCAUAUACACUCUAAAAGGCGGCGAGCUGGCAGAAACGUUAGCACUCCGGGCGAAAUGUUUAGCGGUAUUUCGUUUGCUGUAACGUUCUGAGUUCAAAUUUCGCCGAGGUCGACUUUGCCUUUCAUCCUUUCGGGGUCAAUUAAAUAAGUACCAGUUACGCACUGGGGUCGAUAUAAUCGACUUAAUCCGUUUGUCUGUCCUUGUUUGUCCCCUCUGUGUGUAGCCUCUUGUGGGCAGUAAAGAAAUAAGAGACGUUAGCACGCUGGGCGAAAGUCUUAGCGGUAUUUCGUCUGUCUUCACGUUCUGAUUUCAAAUUCCCCCGCGGUCGACUUUGCCUUUCAUCCUUUCGGAGUCGAUAAAUUAAGUACCAGUUGCGUACUGGUGUCGAUCUAAUCAACUUUCCCCCUUAAGUAUAAUUGUACCCUACACAAUUAUAUAUCUCUAUAAGUGUAUUUUUACCUAAAAGGUUUUUAUAUGCUGGCCACUGAUAAAAUUCAUUAACUUUAAUGAUUUUAUUCUCUAAUUAUACAUGUGCUUUGUUGAGUUCCAGUAAAUCUUGUCACAUUAAAACACACGCUUCCAUGUAUUUAGUCGACAACAUCUGGCGUUACUUUAAGUUUCAUGGUUGCCCGAUCUAUAUGACGGAUAUGCCGACUUGUAAGGCCUUAAAGUAUUUAGUCGAACCAAUUGAUUCCAGGACUUAUUUUUUAAUCUGGUAGUUAUUCUAUAGGUUCUUUUUUGCCGAGCCGCUAUCUUACGAGGGCGUAAACAAACCAAUACUGGUUUCCGAGCGGUGGUAGGGGACAGACACAAUAAAAACACAAAGACACACACACACACACACAUACACACACACACACACACACACACACACACACACAC